CCUGAUUCCUCUCUGUUCUUUUUUCACUCACUUUGUUGAUUCCUCCCCAUUCAGAUUUUGCAGAUUUCCACUCUCUACAUCAUACCCUCUUCAUCUGACUUUAACCCUCUCGCUCUCACCCGAAUAAUGUUUCAUUCACACCCCAGAUACACUCUACUUUGUGAGAUAUGAAAGAAAUAAUUGAGAAAUGAGAGAUAGAUGAUAGAUGAUGUGAUAUGAAUAGUAGAAAUAUACAAGAAAAAAUGUGUAGAAAUGAGAGAAAGAGAAAUAUGAGUGUGAAUGAAUCGAUACUCCUCUUACCCCAAUCCAGCUGGAGAUAGACUAAUUGAACCAGACAUUUCUUUAGCAUCCGCUGAUUUUAUAGGUGUUGCCUGGGCUGGCCUUUUAACCUUUUCCUGUAAUUUUCACUACUCUAUGACUUGGUUAACUCUUUGCAUCAGAUGGGCAGUCCUCCUUUUGUGCAAUGUAUUUGGUUUUCUCUUUAAUCAGAGGAAGGAAGAUUGCUUAUUUGCGCCAUUGAUAUUCAAAUUUCAACAGACAAUGGUUGGAUUCCACAGUGACCAUAUACAUGGGAACAAGUAUAACGGUAAUGAUAACAAAUUUUCGCCGGGUCGUGUUGAACGGCUUGUGAGAGGAAGAGAGCGAAGAAGAAGCACCAGGGAAUCUAAUUUGAAUGAUUCUCCUGAUAGAAUUAAUAAUAAUCAUGUGGCUACUGAAUCUUUUGAGCAUGAACCGCGCUUGAGAGAAGAUACUAACGGCUCCUAUGUUGAACGAUUCCUGGAAGGGGCUGCAGCAGCAAGGGCACUUCCUCUUAGUAAUGGAUGCAAAACCGAGGAUGGGAAGCCUUUCAAACAACGCCUGUUAGUGGUUGCCAAUAGGUUGCCAGUCUCAGCAGUUAGGAAAGGUGAGGAUUCAUGGUCUUUGGAGAUAAGUGCUGGUGGCCUCGUAAGCGCUCUUUUAGGUGUGAAGGAGUUUGAGGCGCGGUGGAUAGGUUGGGCUGGUGUCAAUGUGCCAGACGACAUUGGACAGAAGGCUCUUACAAAGGCAUUGGCUGAAAAGAGGUGUAUCCCAGUAUUUCUUGAUGAAGAGAUCGUUCAUCAAUACUACAAUGGCUAUUGCAAUAACAUUUUGUGGCCCCUUUUUCAUUACCUUGGACUUCCACAAGAAGAUCGCCUUGCUACAACACGUACUUUCCAGUCUCAGUUUGAAGCAUACCAGAAAGCAAAUCAAAUGUUUGCUGAUGUUGUGACUAAACACUACAAAGAGGGCGAUGUUGUUUGGUGCCAUGAUUACCAUCUUAUGUUUCUUCCACAAUGCUUAAAGAAUUAUAACAGUAAAAUGAAAGUUGGCUGGUUUCUCCAUACCCCAUUUCCAUCUUCUGAAAUUCACAGGACACUGCCAUCUCGUUCCGAACUCCUGCAUGCUGUUCUUGCAGCUGAUUUGGUUGGUUUCCACACCUAUGAUUAUGCACGACAUUUUGUCAGUGCAUGCACUCGCAUUCUUGGACUUGAGGGCACACCUGAAGGGGUUGAGGAUCAAGGGAAGCUCACUCGAGUUACUGCAUUUCCAAUUGGUAUAGAUUCGGAACGAUUCAGAGGUGCACUUGACCUUCCUGAAGUUCAGGGUCACAUCAAAGAAUUUCAAGAAAGAUUUAAAGGAAGAAAGAUUAUGUUAGGUGUUGAUCGCCUUGAUAUGAUUAAAGGAAUCCCUCAAAAACUUCUUGCAUUUGAAAAGUUUUUGGAAGAGAAUGAAUAUUGGCGUGAUAAAGUAGUUCUGCUUCAAAUUGCUGUGCCAACAAGAACAGAUGUUCCUGAAUAUCAAAAACUUACAAGCCAGGUUCAUGAAAUUGUUGGUCGCAUCAAUGGCAGAUUUGGAACACUGACUGCUGUUCCAAUACAUCACCUGGACCGCUCUCUUGAAUUUCAUAAACUAUGUGCUUUGUAUGCUGUUACGGAUGUAGCACUUGUCACAUCUUUGAGGGAUGGAAUGAAUCUUGUCAGUUAUGAAUUUGUGGCUUGCCAAGAAAACAAGAAAGGAGUUCUCAUUCUUAGUGAAUUUGCUGGUGCUGCACAGUCUCUUGGUGCUGGGGCAAUUCUGGUUAACCCUUGGAACAUCACACAAGUUGCUGCCAGUAUUGCCAAGGCUCUGAAUAUGCCAUCUGCUGAAAGAGAAAAGAGACAUAGGCAUAACUUUCAUCAUGUGAAAACCCACACCGCCCAGGAAUGGGCAGAAACUUUUGUAAGCGAACUAAAUGAUACUGUUGUUGAGGCACAGCUAAGGACAAAGCAAGUCCCACCACGGCUCCCAACCAAGACUGCAAUUGAACGUUAUCGGCAGUCAACUAAUCGAUUGAUUAUUUUGGGAUUCAAUGGAACUUUAACUGAACGAGUUGAGAGAAAAGGUGAUCAGUAUAAAGAAUUGGAGCCCACAGUGCACCCAGAACUGAAACAACCCUUGACAAAACUUUGCAGUGACCCAAAGACCACAGUUGUUGUGCUUAGUGGGAGUGGUAGAACCGUUCUAGAUGAAAACUUUAAAGAAUUUGACGUGUGGCUGGCAGCAGAGAAUGGGAUGUUUUUAAACCCUUUGAAGGGAGAAUGGAUGACAACAAUUCCAGAACUACUACAGAAUAUGGAAUGGGUUGGCAGUGUGAAGCAUGUUUUUGAGUACUUCACAGAACGAACACCUCGGUCACAUUUUGAAGAAAGGGAAGCUUCACUUGUAUGGAAUUACAGACACGCAGAUGUUGAGUUUGGAAGACUUCAAGCAAAGGACAUGCUGCAACAUCUCUCGACAGGUUCAAUAUCUAAUGCAUCACUUGAAGUUUUUCAAGGGAGCCGAUCUAUUGAGGUGCGAGCUGCUGGUGUUACAAAGGGAGCAGCUAUUGACCGUAUCCUGGGGGAGAUAGUCCACAGUAAAUCCAUGACAAUACCAAUUGAUUGUGUUCUCUCUAUAGGACAUUUUCUGGCGAAGGAUGAAGAUAUAUAUGCCUUUUUUGAGCCAGAGCUUCCUUGUGUUGGUGUGGGUCUCCCACGAGGAAAGGUAACUGAUGCUGCAGGAGUUAAGUUUCCAGUUGAGAGGAUAUCGACUUUGAAGAUCUCAGCUAGUAAAAAUGGAGCAAAGUCAUUUCAAAACAAGGGACAACGACCUCUCUCCAAUUCUGAAAAGAAAGCAAGUAAUCAUCAUAUCUGCCCGCCGCAGCGGCCAGCUACUACUGAAAAGAUCUCUUGGAAUGUCCUUGACCUGAAGAAGGAAAAUUACUUUUCUUGUGCUGUUGGACGAACUCAAACAAACGCUCGGUAUACUCUUGGGUCAUCCGAUGACGUUAUUGCCUUCUUUAAGGAACUAGCUGAUGCCUCUUGAAACUUAUCAGAGAUGAUCGAAGUUCAUGUGUAGAAGAAGAUGAAAAUUGAGAGAGGAAAACAGUGAGGAAGAUUGAAACUGAAUUGUAUUAUUCAUCAUCUUCUUGAACUUGAUACAAUACACUUAGCUUAAAUACACAGCUAGUGUAGUUACAUGAAUGUUAAACUAACUCUCUUUGUACAAACUAGCCAACUAACUGAAAUCUAACUCAGUUUUCUGUUGCAAGGAAGUUAUCACACUGCUAUGGGCAACUUCUGUGUUGUGCCUAAAUAAAACUCUUUUACUCAA